GCGUGCUCGGGCGGCGGCCGAAUGGAGAGGAAGGGCUCGGCGGCCGGGGCCAAGGGGAACCCGAGCCCGCCCGCGGCCGGCGAGGGGCAGCGGCCGUCGCCGCCAGUGUGCGUCCCGGGAGGCAGCGGAGGAGCCCCCGCGCGGGGCCAGGCUGGGGCGGCGGCCGAGCCCGCCGAGCUCAUCCGGCGCGCUCACGAGUUCAAGAGCCAAGGGGCGCAGUGCUACAAGGACAAGAAAUUCCGCGAAGCCAUCGGCAAAUACCACCGGGCGUUGCUGGAGCUGAAGGGGCUGCUGCCGCCCCCCGGGGAACGGGAGCGGGACUCGCGCGCAGCCUCCCCGGCCGGGGCCCCCAAGCCUGGCCGCCUCUCAGAGGAGCAGAGCAAGUCGGUGGAAGCCAUCGAGAUCGACUGCUACAACAGCUUGGCAGCCUGCCUGCUCCAGGCUGAGCUGGUAAACUACGAGCGCGUCAAGGAGUACUGCCUCAAAGUGCUGAAGAAGGAAGGGGAGAACUUCAAGGCCCUCUACCGGUCUGGUGUGGCCUUCUACCACCUUGGGGACUAUGACAAAGCACUCUACUACCUGAAGGAAGCAAGAACCCGACAACCAACAGACACCAACGUGAUUCGGUAUAUCCAGCUGACGGAGAUGAAGCUCAGCAGAUGCUCCCAGAGGGAGAAAGAAGCCAUGUAACUACCAAGCCUCUCCAGAGACACCCACGCCUGACUGGAGACUUCCAGGCACCCGCUGGUGGAGAGCCCCACCCUAGAUUCUGUCCCUUUACCCCCACUUCUUCCAGCUCCCCUUCUUCCUCCCAUUGUUCCUCAACUCUGUCUGUGUCCAGUGUGAAAAGAAGGUGAGAUGCACAUUUGGAAUCUGGUGGGCUGCCCAGACACAGAGACUCCUCUUCACUGGCAGGUCAGCGACUGAGAGGGGCCUAACGUCUGCUGGGGGGGAGUCUCACAGGCUGGGAAUGCUGGGAAGGCAGCAGGCACGGAGCCCACGGUCUGGAACCUGCUAUGUCCUCCUGAUGGACCAGGACACCUUAAGGCAACUGUGACAAAUCUAGGGCUGAAGCAAACACCAGAAGCACAGGUGGAGCCAACAUUAAAGACUGGACUUGUAACUGGACGCCCGCCCCUAGCCCCCUGUCACCUUAGCCCCUGCCACCCUCCCCAUCACUUGGCUUGGCUUGUGCUUCCUUCUCUCUGCCAGGAUUCACAUGCCAUUGAGGCCCACGCUCAGUGCCCUCUGGUGACCACACAUACCAUUCCCCCAACUCCCAGCCAGUAGGCAGCUGGGACAGCACAAGGGCAGAGCAGGUUGGGGACAGGGGAGGGACAGAUGAUGGGUAAGGGAAAGAGCAUUGUGUAGGCUGGGGGAUCCCACUGUGGGUUCCUUAAGUGUAAAUAAAAACAAACUUUCAGGCAGCGGUUCCUGUCACCCUGUGGGGAUCCACUCCCUCCCUCCCUCACCUCCUCCCCCAAUCCUCCCUCAGAGCUGCUUACAACUGGGCAGGAUGGGCUUCCCCCAAAGUGCAGGGCCAUUUGUCCAGAGCCGUAUGCCACGUUGACUGCGGCCUUUGUGCUUUACAGAGUGGGCUGGGAUCAUGGAGACUGCCCUGGGGCCUGGCUUCGAGGGAACCUGUAAGGCCUCUUUUUGAUGAAAUGAUCUGGACUCCAUAUCUAACGCAUAAAAUGUGUUCAACAAAUGUUUGUUGAAUGAAUACAUUAUAACUGCAGACUGACUCUCCUGCCUUAAAAUAAUUUUAUCCCAGCCUAGUCUCCUGGUACCCCUGCUCUUUAUGCUAUGCCAUGUUGCUUCAGUCAAACAAGAAACAUUGACUGAGGGCUUGCUGUUUGCUCAUUGUAGUGCAAUAUGCCCUGGGACACAGGAUGUGGUCCCAGUCUUCAAAGAGUUUGGAAGAGUUGAGAAAUGCAUAUGAGAUUACUACCAAUGACACCUUUAAUUUAUAUGAUGCUUCAAUGUUUUCAGAGCACUUUGGUGUAUUUUUCGUGUGAUUAGUGAGAUACUAUUGUACAAAAUUAAGAUAUAUACCGAUGCAAUAAUGUGAAUAGUUAGGAUUUAUUAAAUGCACUAUCCUCAGAUCUUUA